AUUGUGUCAUGGUGAGACGAGGCCUCCCCGGCGAUCAGGAUCUGGUCCACACCCCUUCUGCAGCUAUCCUGGCCCUGGGAAUCCUGCCGAUGCGACCGUCCUACCAGGAUUGCCGUUUUCAGAAGUCUAAGUACGGGCAGAUCGGACCGGAUGAGCACCUUGCUCCUAACCUGGUGAAUCGACGGAGCUAUUGAUCUGGAUUCUAGCUGGCGCGGCUUUUGGAUCCGCGAAGCUCUAUAUAAUCCCUGGACCUGCAGCUGUUUCACCGCUGCACCAUCAUUGCAUCUCUCUCUUACCUACGUGCUUCAUUCUCCAUUCCUCUGUAUAUUCUUCUGUCACGACUGCACUCACGACUGCAUGUAAACAUGGCGACAUUCGACGAACCAAGCCUUCUCUCCAUGGUGGAGGACAUCAAGCAGGCCGCUUUGCAGGAUCAAAGCCCGGGUCGCUCCCCAGCAUCGCAUUUCCAGCUACUUGGUCUGAUCGACAAGUUGCGUCUGGCAGUUGAGACUCCAACGGAGACGGUGCUGCGCCUGAUCUACCAGCCUCCGCAGAAUGCAGCCCUCCGCACCGUUAUGGACCUGGGCAUUUUUCCCUUGUUGGAGCAGAGCAAGCGCGGACUGUCGGCCACCCAACUGGCCACAUCCACUGGGGCGGAGAGGGGACUCAUUGUCCGCCUGAUGCGAGUUAUGGUUGCACUCGGCUUGUGUGCCAGCCAUGAAUCUGAGGUAUACAUUGCGACCGACAAGACCGCUGUCCUGACCCAGCCGAUCGGGAGAGAUGGGAUUCCCUGCAUAUAUGAUCUCACGUUGCCGACCCUCGCCAAACUCCCAGACUACUUUCGGGAACACCGCUACAUCGCUCCCAAGGACUACUCUCGCUCUCCCAUGCAAUGGGCUGUCGGCCAAAGUCAGUUCGAAUGGCUCGCCCAGAGCAAGCACCGUCAGGGUCUCUUCAACUCAUACAUGUCCAGUCGUCGCUCCGGCAAGCCCAGCUGGUUUGACGUAUAUCCAGUCGAGCGCUUAACUACCGAUGUAAUGGACCAUCCAGAAGCAGUAUUUCUCGUCGACGUAGGUGGAAACCAGGGCCACGACCUGGUGAAGUUCCAUGACAAGCACCCCGAAGUCCCGGGACAGCUGAUCCUACAAGACCUUUCCAAGGUAGUGACUCGCUGUCCGGGCGAAGGUAUCCAGGGUAUGGGGUAUAGCUUUCUCGACCCACAACCUAUCAAAGGCGCAAGAGCAUACUACUUCCGCGCCAUUUUCCACGACUGGCCCGACCACAUCUGUCGCAAGAUUCUCGUCAACACCAUCUCGGCCAUGGACCCUACGUACUCCCGCAUCAUCAUUGUAGACUUUGUCCUGCCGGACACGAACGCCCCGCUUCUGCAAUCGUCGCUGGACAUCCAAAUGAUGAGCAUCGGGUCGGGCGUGGAGCGCUCCGAGCGCCAGUGGCGCGAGUUGUUGGAUGAAGCAGGCUUGGAGAUCACCGGCAUCUGGAAUGGGAAUCCCGGGAUGGAGUCGGUGAUUGAGGCGGUAAGGAAAGAGGAUUCGUCUAUGCUGUGAUGUGAUUUGGCUUUAGUAUUGAUACCUAGGUUGUUUGGUUGGGUUGGGUUGGCGUUGGGUUGGGAGGUGUCAUAUUUGUUCUUGGUUUAUUGAUUGAUAUACAUGGUGUUACUUGCCGCCUGAGACUAUGAU